AUGGCCACUCGUAAGCCCCAUCAAUCCAUGGAGUCUUCCAAAAAGUCUGGAUUCCCCAGCAAAGUGGCAGCACCUCAUAACCCAAAGCUGGUCAGAGAGCCAGAGGAGCCUGUGACUCUGACUCCCUCUGCCUUCCUGAAGCAGAUGUCUCUCACCACCCAGCAGAGGUUGGGCAGCACUCAGGAGAUGAGGAGGCCCCGGAUUAUCCAGCUUCUGGACAUGAGUGAGACCUCCCACCAGAAGUUCUCAGCAGUUGACUUGGACCAGAGCUUAUUUCAACCUUUCCCAUCAGAGGUGGUGUUUCAGAACUAUGUCCCCUUUGAGGUCUACGAAGUGCCUCUGACUCUGAGGAACACUGACAAGGUUCCUCGACUGCUGAAGGUUGUCCUGGAGACCUCCCCUUACUUCAGGUUGAUCAGCCCCUCUGAUGAAAGCUCCAAGGUGGCACCUGGCAUGGUUUCAACUUUCCACAUCCUUUUCACCCCUCAGGAGAACAAGGAUUACUUCCACCAGCUCAUCUGCAUCACAGAAAGGGAAAAGUUUAUUGUGCCCAUCCGAGCUAUAGGUGCCAGAGCUCUCCUGGACUUCCCUGAUCAGCUCAACUUCUCCUCCUGCCCAGUCAAGUACAGGACAGAGAGAACCCUCCUGGUUCGGAACAUUGGGAAUCGGGAGGCUCACUACAGCAUCAGCACUCAGAGCCCUUUCUCUGUCAAUCCCUCUGUUGGGACUCUUGCCACUGGUGAUGCCAUGCAAGUAACAGUGGAGUUUCACUCACAGAAGACUGGGGAAUAUUCCAGCUCUCUGAUAGUUCACUAUGACACAGGUGAAGACACUCACACAGACCUCUAUGGAGCAGCUGUAAAUGUCAACAUCAAGCUGGAGAAGAGCUCCCUGACAGUUGGGAAGACUUUCCUCACCCUCUCAAACUACACAACCCUGCUCAUCCACAACCAGAGUGGAAUCAUUGCCCACUUCCAGUGGAAACUUUCUGCUACUCAGGAAGAGGAGGAUCAGGAGAAGCUGAGGGUGUGUGAGUGGCUGCAGGGGCAGGAAGAGGACCAGGCAGAGUUAGCCAAGAUCUGCAUGGUGGGUCCUGAUCUCCAAGAACACCUUUUGCUUCUCUCCCACACCUUCCAGAAUGAAAGAGCAAGGGUGCUGAGAGACUCCCUGCUGUUCUCUGAUGAUGUCUUUGCCAUUGAGCCAGUGGAGGGAGAUGUCUGGCCAAAUUCUUCAGCUGAAAUUAAGGUCAUCUUUAAACCUCAGGAAGCCAGGACCUACCAACAAACUGUCUUCUGUGACAUUACAGGCUGUGAGUCAAGGCUGUCCCUGAGGAUCACAGGAGAAGGUGUUGGCCCUCAGCUCCGUUUCAACUUUGACCAGCUGGACAUUGGGAAGGUUUUUCUUGGAGCAGACCACAGCUAUGAGGCAAUCCUGUGUAACAAAGGAGCCAUUGCUGCUCUCUUCAACUUGGUCCCUCCAGCUACAGCUCUGGGCUCCUGCUUCAUGUUCCUCCCCCAGGAAGGCUUCAUUAUGCCAGAUGAGCUCCAAGCCAUCCAGAUCUCCUUCACUCCCACCAUCUUGGGGCAGUUCACAGAAGAAUUCAAGUUCAGGGUGAUUGGAUCACCUGAGCCUGUGACCUUGACUAUCAGGGGCUGUGUCAUUGGACCCACUUUCCAUUUCAACGUGCCUGCCCUCCACUUUGGAGAUGUCUCCUUUGGCUUUCCUCACACCUUGUCCUGCUGCCUGACCAACACCUCCUUGGUGCCCAUGACCUUCAACCUCCGCAUUCCUGGAGAUGGCUCAGGAAAAGCCAGCAUUCCCAGUUCUGUUCAGCUGGCAGACCACACGGGCCCUUCCUGGAGAAAGAGAGCUCCAGGGCGUGCUGAGCCAAGGGAAUUCACCAUCACUCCAUGCAGAGGGACCAUCCGGGACCACGGGACUCUGGAUAUCCAGGUCACCCUGUGUUCCAACACUGAGAAGCAGUACCAGCUGGCUCUGGUGGUGGAUGUGGAUGGGGUUGGGAAGGAGGUGUUGGCACUGCUCAUCACAGCCAGGUGUGUGGUCCCCAAGCUCCAAGUGCCCAACCCCGUGGUGACGUUCGGCCGGUGCUUUCUCAAACACCCUUACCAGCAGAUGCUGACCCUGGUGAACAACACUGACCUUCCUGGCUGCUACAGGGUGCUCCCUCAGGAAGGCCCAAAGGAUGUUGGUGUGUGGUUUGCCAGCCCUGUGCCCUGUGGGAUCAUCGAGCCUCACAGCUCAGUGGAGGUCCCCUUGACACUGGCAGCCCAGAAGACAGGAGAGCACCACGCUGUCGCUCACAUCGCCGUGUUUGGCAGUGAAGGGGAUCCCCUGAAAAUCCAUUUAGUGAGUUUUGGAGAAGGCCCAGUGGUCUACGUGCACCCAAAUAAGAUCAAUUUUGGCAGCAUCCAAGUUCUCCAAGAUGUUUCCCAAACUCUCUACCUCUCCAAUCAGACUGUCAUCCCUGCAUCCUUCUGGGCAGAGAUGGCUGACAAAUGCUCACGCUGGAGGAUUGAACCCAGUAAAGGAGUGAUCCCCCCUGAGACUGAGGUGGCUGUGGCUGUCAUUGCCAACUUGGAUGACACUGAGAAAUUCCAGGAUGAGGUGAACCUCUUUAUAGAGGACAGCCAUCCCUCUGCCAUCCCUGUCAGGGCUGUUGGCAUUGGCACCACGAUUGUCACUGACAAACCCUUUGCUCCAGAGCUUAACUUGGGACCCCACUUCAGCCUGGAUCCCUGCUGCUACCACUUGAAGAUAACAAACCAAGGCAGACAGACCCAUAGGCUCUAUUGGACCACUGAGGGCUUUGGCCCCUUCCACCGGCACAGCCGUCUCCCCCCCAUCAGUCACCCCAAGGGCAGAGGUUUCCCCCAGCAGCACCCCCAACCUCCCUCCCCCGUGUUUAAGCUUCACCCACGGAUGAUGGAGCUGAGGCCAGGCAAGACCAUGGAGAUGAUGCUGGAAGGCUCCUGCAGCACUCCCCAGGUGGUGAAGGAGAGGCUGCUGUGCCAUGCCACGGUGGGGAACAAGGCAGGGAAGAUCCCCAUCAUGCACGUGGAUGUCACCUGUGAGUUUGUGGCUCCUGUCCUGCAGGUGUCCUCCAGGGAAAUCACUUUCCGGGUGGAGAAGCAACCCAGUGAUGUCCUGACUCUUCAGUACAAGCCUUUUUCUUUAAAAAACAUCUCCUCCCUGCCACUCAGUGUUGUCCUGGCCUUAGAGCAGCCCUUCUUCAUCUGCAGUGUGGACCAGCAGCCCCUGCCUGCAGCUGUCCAGCCCAUGAAGGUGGAGAUAGGGGAGGAACUUCAGCUCUCCAUCAGAUUUAACCCUGCUUAUGAAGAAGACUUGAAUAUCAGGGUGGUAGAGAAGGCUCUGAGGAUCCAGUUUCUUGAGCACCCUCAUGAGGAGCAGGUCACUGUUCGGGGAGAAGUCUACUUCCCAAAUCUCCAUCUCCAGACCAUGGCCCUGGACUUUGGCUGCAUCCUGAAUGACACUGAAGAGGAGAGGAGCAUGGAGAUGACCAACUGCAGCCCCCUGCUUGUCCAGUACCACUGGUCCUUCCUGACAGCCAGGCCUGGGAGCCAAAUGAGGUUCAGUCCUCCAGGACCUAAAUUCUUCAUCAAAACCCAAGCUCCAAAGGAGGAGGGAGCCAGGUGGGAGCACUCAGCACCUGCAGGGCGCAGCUCCAGGGCUGGGGGUAUGGAGGAGCCAGACAAAACCCUGGGAGCAGUGGAGGAUCCUGCCCAAGAGCCAGCAGAUGCAGCUGAUUCUGUGGAAGCCAAGCCACCACCAUCCAGUGUCUCUGGGGAGAAUCAGAGCAUCCAGGGAUCAAUGCAGUUACAGGAGACAGAGCCCCUCACUCCAGGAGUGGAGGAGGUUUUUGACAUCCUGCCUCUGUAUGGUGUGCUGCAGCCAGGCAAGAGCCAGCAGGUCACCUUCACCUUCUUUGGCCACACCAACAUCAUUGCCCGUGUCCUGGCACUCUGCAGGGUGGAGGGAGGCCCAACCUAUGAGGUGGUGCUGAGUGGGGAGGCUUCACUCAUCAGCUAUGGCCUGGACAUCACAGAGAUCAACUGGGGGGUGCAGCUGUUUCAUGAAGUGGCAGAAGCAGAGCUCACCCUCCAGAACAGGGGGAGGGUGGGAUUCAACUACACAGUGCUGAACCCUGGCAUGGCUGCUGCCAAGACCUCUGUGCCUGGGGUCCCCCUCGUCCUGCCCAGUGUGGGUUAUGUUGGACCUGGCAAGGAGCAAGUGCUGACUGUCUAUUACCUGCCAGGAGUGCCUGGGACCUUCUGCAAGACCUUCCAGAUCCAAGUGGGUCACCUGAGACCAGAAGAAAUCACCCUGAAGGGAGAGGGGACCUUUCUUAGGAUCUGGUUAGACCUCCCUAGGAACAUCCAAGGAAAUGAAAAAUAUGAGGAGAUCCUCAUGGAGGCAAAAGAAAAGCUGGAAAAAGACAGAGAGGGGGACGAAGCAGAUGCUCUGGGGGAGUCUGAAGCCAUGGAGUCAUCUGUGGACAACUCAGACCCUACGCUGGAUGCUCUGCUGCAGAUGCAGAUGGAGCAAAUGCUGAUGGAGGAACAUGCCCUGGAGCAGCAGAAAGCCCUGGCCUCCUGUCCCCUGGAGGAUGCUGCCUUUGAGCCACUGGCCCGGCGGAGGCUUCUCAAAGCUCAGCUGCCUGAGUACCUCCUGGACUUUGGCCAUGUCAUUCUGGGGAACAUCCACACACACACUGUGAAGAUCACCAACACUGGGCACUUCCCUGUGUCCUUCCGUGCUGAUGGACGUGUCCUGAGUGGCACAGGUUUCAGCAUGGAGCCAGCCCGGGUGAAGCACCUGCCCUGCUCUGAGACCCAGACGUUCGUAGUGCGCUUCGACUCCCAGAGUGCCAGCCUGCCCCUGGGAGAGGUGAACGUGCUCCUGCCCAUCAAGGUAGCAGGAGGCCCCACGUUCCACGUCCGUCUCUGUGCCAGCGUGGCUGUGCCAUCCCUCUGCCUCUCCAGGGACAGGCUGGAGUUCUCCUCUGUCCAGUGUGGGCAGUGUCAGGAGGAAACUGUCCAGCUCUACAACGAGCUCCAGAUCCCCUGUAAAUGGUUCAUCACCCUGAAAGAGCCUACUAAAAAGGUGGACAGAUGUUUGCCAGCAAGUGGCCAACAGAAGAGGCAGCAGGAGCUGAAGGACAAGCCCCCUGUGUUCGUGGCACUGCCCUCAGCUGCAGCCCUGGCUCCAGGGCAGCGAUGCAACGUGCGGGUCAGGUUCUCACCCACGGAAGAGAAGUUUUACAGAAGUGAGCUGAAAAUCAACAUUUGCCAGAGCAGCCAGUUCCUCCAGCUGCAGGUCUCAGGACGUGGUCUGGAGCCACACCUGGAAUUCAGUCCCCCAGUGCUGGAACUGGGACCAUUGCUGCCCUGCAGCUUUGGGGUGGAGAAGACAGUGGUGGUGAAGAACCCAUGUGAGUUCCCCAUCGAGUUUUACUCACUGGAAUUCGACCAGGAGUACCUUACUGAGGAGCAGAUCCUGAGAAUGCUGAGGGACUAUGAUUGCCACAACACCUUACUGCUGCCUCCACGUGCCCCGGGGGAGAAGCUGCCCCCAGAGCUCCUGGAGUACUACCAGGAGCAGGAAAAGCUGCAGGAUGAGCAAGGAAAGGCCAGGAUUGAGGAACAAGCAGGCCAGGAUGAUGGUGAGAGUUUGGGAUUGCCUGUCCUGAGUGCAGGGCAGUACACUCUGUCCUAUGGAACACUGCAAGCCCAGGUGGCUUUUGCAGAACCUCAGCAAAGCAGCACCAGCACCAAGGAGGCCCCAGAAGAAGUAGAGGAGAGCCCUGUCUGCAGGGCCAUCGCCCGCCACCUGGGCAUUGACAUCUCUGCAGAAGGACGGGCAGCCCAGAAGUGCAGGGGCAUUGUCAUCAUUGUCCAUGGGGCACCCCUGACAGGGAAAACAACAGCAGCAGUGGCUCUUUCCAAAUGCUACGGCGCUGCCUGUGUCUCCAUCGACGCCGUGGUGAGAGAAUCCAUCUCUGAGAGGAGGAGCUCAGCAGGAAUCCGUGCCCGGGAGCUCUGCAUGAGGGCUGCCAUGGAGCAGAGCCUCAGGGACACAGAGGAGGCUGGUAAGGACACAGAUGUCAACCUCAGCCAGGUGGUGAAGGCUGAGGCCAAGCAGAGCCCAAGUGUGAACCAGCACAACUCUGUGGACAGGGGCAGCCUGCAGUCCCCCAGCUCCCGGGGCCGCGCCAGUGCUGCAGCCGGCAAGAAGAAGGCAGAUGGAAGGACAUCCCAGAGCCAGAGAGGGAUGGAGCCAAGAGGCUCCCAGGGCUCAGCCUGUUCUCUGCUGAUCUCUCCCACUCCCUGCCUUCCUGCACAGCAGUGGCUGAGCAGCAGCAGCAGCACCUCAGGAGAAGUGAGCUUCAUGAGCUGCAUCCUGCCCAAGGACCUGCUGCUGGCCAUCCUCUCUGAAAGGCUGCAGUUGAGUGACUGCUACCAGGGAGUGGUGUUUGAUGGCCUGGAAACACUCUUUGCAGUCAACCCAGCCUCUGCUCUUCUCUGCCUGCUCAAAGCUGUUGGAAAUCGACCUCAUAUCUAUUUUGUGAACCUAUCCCAGGAUUAUGCUUCUUGGAAAGCCAGGGAGGCAGCUGCAAAAGAGCAGGAAGAACGGGAGCAGGAAGAAGCUGCCAGGAGGGAAAAAGCUCAUCUCUGGGAGAUGGAUGAGGAGGAGUAUGAUGCCCUCAGUGAGGAGCAGAAAGCUGAGUUUAAUAACAACAUCCGGCAAGCCCAGCGGGAGAGGAGGAAGAGGGAGAUGGAUCGAGAGCUUGAGGAAAAGCACCAGAAGGAGCUGGAACUCUUGAAAGAGGAAGAAGAGAAGAAGAAGGGUAAGAAGGGCAAGAAAGAACUUGGCAAAGACAAAGAUAAUGCUUCAGGAAAGAAAAGCCAUCGUGGAGGCGUGCAGGUGGGUGUUAACACAGACACACCCAACAGCGCAAUCAGCAACCGCUCGGAUAACGCCGACGGGGGUGGCAAGAAGAAACCUGGAAAGGAGCACCCAGAGCCUGCUGCAGGUGACAAGCAGGACAAGCAGCAGCACAGGCUGUCCCUGGCUGAUGUCAGCCCCUCAGAGGUUGCCCAACUCUCGGAGCCAGAACAGGCGGAAACCAAACCCGAGGUCCUGAGUGAGAGCGAGAAGAACUUGGCCCUGAGGUUUCAGAUCUACGAGGUACUGCAAAAGGACAUUGCCCAAAUUUUGUCAUCUUGGGACAGGGCUCAGGGGAUCCUGGUGCCCCCUCUGGACCAAGAAGAGGCCAGGCAAGAAGACCAGCACCAACGUUUUUCGAGCCGCAGGAGCCGGAAGGACAGGGAGAAGGAACGUCAGGAGAGGCUGGAAAAGGAGCAGCUGGAAAAACAGAAGGCUCUCGAGGACUCCAAGUUAUCUCAGCUGGAAGAGGAAGGGGUAGAAGGGUCAGUGAAAGGUCAGGAUGCUGGAGUGCCCUGCUUGGACAUCCAGGUGCUGGGCUCAGAAGAUGUGAUUCAGAUGAUCCUGGAGAGCGGCAAGCUGCCAGCAGCAGAGCAGGUCCUGGAUGACCUGGGCCUGGGUCCCUCGGGGCCUCCCAUUCCCCCUACUGCUUUUUACUCUGUGAUCCACUACCCAAAGAAGAGGGAGGCCCCUGCAACAGAAGCCCUCCAGCACUUCAUCUUUGUUGCACCAAGAGGUGCUGCUGCGGAAGAUGAAAAGGACACAGAAAGUCUCGUGGAUGCCCCCGUCACAGCCCCAGUGAAGACAACAGAGAAGACAACCAGGAGCCACUCAAGGAAGGAGAAAUUCCCUGGCCGGGAUGCAGUGAGGAAGCAGAGUGUCUUUCGGGGCAGGAGAAGUCUCCAGGGCACAGGAUUGUUCACACGUUCCCCUGAAAGGGACCCAAGCAGCACGGGCACUGCCUCAGCUCCAGAGAAGCCUGUCAGGCUGAGCAGCUGUCGCUGGGUAGUGCCUGCCCAUGGCAAGGUGAAACUGCAGGUCCAUUUCAGCUCCUCAGAACUGGGCCAGUUUGAUCAGACACUGCAUUUUGAGAUCCUGGGGACAAACCGUCUGUACCAGCUGCAUUGCAGGGGCAUCUGCACCUAUCCCUCCAUCAGCCAGGACCCACGGGUGGUGUUUCCUCACCGGAUAAAGAGCAAGGCAGAUGGUGACAUCAUCUCCAAGAAGUAUGUCCUCAACACAGGGGUCUUCCACUUUGGGCCACUCCUGUGUGGAAAGUCAAGAGACCGGUACAAGGGACUGGACUAUCCCAGCAACUGUGAGAAGCUGAGCAUUCUGAACAUCUCCCCCAUGGAAGCCAAGGUGCAGUUCUCCUUUGAGCAUGACCAUAAAGCAGACACCUUCAUUUUGGACCCUCCCAACAUGAGGCUGAAGCCCAAGGAGAAGCAGGAGCUGAGCAUUUGGGCAUACCCCACUUCAGCUGGCCUGCUGGAGGAUAAACUCAUCUGCUGCAUCCAGGAGAACCCAGAGCCAGUGAUCUUCCCCCUCUGCUGCCAAGGGGUGCAGGUGGAGCUGGGGGUGCAGCCCAAGCAGAUGCACUUCAACAAGCUGCUUCUGCACAGGAUGGACAGCAAGACCCUGGUGCUGAGAAACAGCAACCCCCUGCCCAUGGCCUGGAGACUCAGUGGGCUGGAAGACCUUGGUGAGGACUUCUCUGUGUCACAGGAUGAGGGCAUUGUUGGUCCCCACUCCGAGCUGGAAGUGCAUCUGUAUUUCAAGGCCACCAAGGCUCUCAACAUCAAGAAGAUGAUCCGGCUAGAGGUUUCAGAUGCAGAAAACAUCCUGGGGAUUGUUCAGGUGGAAAAUAUCCAGGUGCUGGCAGAAGCCUAUGAUAUUGCUCUGAACAUCAGUGUUUCUAAAGGUACAGAUGGCAGUGUGGAUUUUGGGGUCGUGAAGGUCCUGGAUGAUGGGAAGCAAAUGCUGACUCUGAAGAACAAAGGGAAGUAUGAGAUAUCCUACAGUUUCAAGCUGGAAAGCAGUGAUCCCAGCAUCCCUGACCUGGCCUCCCACUUCUCCAUCCAGCCACCGGAGGGUAUCCUGCCCGUCUCCGAGCGCCCUGUGCCAGUCCAGCUGCAUUUCCACCCCAAGGUGGAGAUGAAUAUCAAGAACAAAGCCAUCCUGCACUGCCAGGUGAUUGAGCCCAGUCUGUGUGAAGGAGGGGAGACCAUUGCCAUCAUCCCCGUGAGGGUGACAGCCAGAGCUGUGUUCAGCAAGUACAGCAUUUGCCCUGCCUCACUCAGCUUCAGUGCCAUGAUGUUUGGCACCAAGAAAACCUGCACCUUCUCACUGAAGAACAAAGGCAUCAUUGACUUUAAAUUUGUCAUCUACCAAGCAGACCAGGAGCCUGCACAGCAAAGCAAAAGUGCACAUCAAGUUAAAUCCAACCGUUCCCAGGAGAGUGAAAACUUGAGCAAAAGGACCCCCUCAGUCAAGCAGAGCAAGGUGACACUGGUUAAGGACACUGCCACAAAUGUCACCCUGCAGCCUCGUGUCACUGUAGGCAUGUUCACAGUGUACCCUGGCUUUGGCUCCAUCCCAGCUGGGGGCCAGCAGAUGAUCAUGGUGGAUUGCUGUGCAGAGCCACUGGGGGUCUGCAAGAAGAACCUGUCCAUUGAUAUCAGUGACAGGGACCCCGAGGACAAUCCCCUGGGCAUCCCCUACAGCCUGUCUGCUGAGGCCUGCCUCCCAGCAUUUGUGGUUGAUGACAUUGAGUCCAUCUUUGAGGAGCAUCGAAUCUGCAGGAACAGCAACCUCUGCCAGAUCCUGCAGAUGGUACAAGACAAGGGUGUGUUCCUCACAGAUGAGAACAAGUUCAUCUUCACCAAUGUCCUGGUGGGGCACCGGGCCACAGCUCGCUUCAAGAUCUCCAAUGUGGAAAAAAUCCCCUGCAACGUGGUCCUCUCCAUCAAACCCAUCCCCAAUAAGCCCAUCAGUCGCCUGAGCGAGGUUUUCGAGGUGGAUCCCGUGAGGAUGUGUGUUCCCAGCCACUCCCACGUCUUUGCUACUGUCAUCUUCACUCCACCAGCAAUGCAGAACUACCAGUGCACUUUUGAGGCUUCCCUUGAUAUCCAGGCAAGCUCUGCAGCCACUGGAGCACAAAUCCUGACCUUUGAGAUCAGUGGAGAUGGGAACCUGCCUCAGGUGACAGUCCUGCGCCCUGUCCUUCGCAGUAAGAGAGGGAAUCCCCUGCUCCUCUUCAAGAAGCUGUUGCUGGGGUAUUCAGAAAAACUUCCUCUGGUCCUUCAGAAUCCUGGAAUCAUACCUGUCCAGUUAAUAAUAGAUCUGUUGGAUGAAGGGGAAGUUUUCUUCUUGAAAGCCAGGCCCACCACACGCUGCAUCUACCAAGCUGUGGGCAGGAAGAAGGACCCUGCUGGAGGAGGGAGGAAACCCCACACAGCUUCCCUGGUUCUGCACCACAAGGAACUGGCAGAGUUUGAUGUGGUUUUCAAACCCACCCUGGCCCAACGUGUGGAAGGAAGGAUCCGUUUGUCAGUGCUGGACAACCCCUAUGAUGAGACCAACAUUCAGCUGGUGGGUGAAGGCUACAAGGAUGACUUCACACUUGAUAACAUCCAUGGACUCGUGGCAGACAGCAAGGAAGAGGACACUGAGGACAAUCUGGAGGAAGAUAUAGCUGCCAGAGUGGAUCACAUCCAGUUUGGAGACUGCCACAUCGGGACCCCCUACACAGUGACCUUCACCAUCACCAAUCACAGCAGGGAGGAGGCCAUGAGGUUUCACUGGUUGGCAGAAGCCCCCUUUCACUUCUCCCCCCAGGUGGGACACCUCCAUGCUGGCUGUGCAAAGGACAUCACAGUGACCUUGAAAUCAGAUGUUGCAGUUGCCUUCAAAAAGCACCCUGUGAAGUGUCAGGUGGCUUGGAUCACCUUCACCCUGCCACCAGACCAGGUCACCAACUGGGACGACCGCCUGCACACUGUCACUUGGGUGGAUGCCACCAAGGACCCAGCAGCCCUGUGGCCUGUCAAGAAGAAGGUGAUCAAGACAGACCCAGAACCAGCUCACACCAUCCUGGGGCAGAGCAGCUGGGAUGUGGAGCUUCUCCUCAGUGCUGUUGUUGACUAUGCUGAGUUCAAGCUGGACAUGGACUCAAUUCAGUUCAAACCAACCCUGCUCUUCCAGACAAGGAGAUCCAGUUUCAAGCUGUCCAAUACAGGGAAUGUGGCCCUGGAAUACACUUGGAGAGAGGUUGUGAAGGAUGAAAAGGCAGUGAACUGUACUGGGGAGCAGCUCCCACCUGCUCUGGAUGAGGAUUUCCUCUCCUCCUCUUCUGGUGCCACUGUGAGGCUCCCCUGCAGCCGUGGUUCCAGCCAGCCGGAUCCUCCAGGGAAUGAUUCUCCCUCCCUGAGCUCCUCUCUCAACACCAUCAGUGCCACCCCAGUGUUCUCUGUGGAGCCCUGCAGUGGCACCAUCCCUGCUGGCCAGGAGCAGCUCUUCCAGAUGAAGUUCUCUCCAGUCUGUGUGGGGGAUUUUGAGAGCUCCAUGCUCUGCAGUAUUCCCAACCUGCAGCCAAAUGAGAGGAGCCCAGAGGUGGCUGUGAAGGGGAGAAGCCUGAUGUCACACUGUCACUUUGAACUGGAAGACUCUGACUACAUCACUGCCCAGAGACGUGACCCAGAGCUGAGGGGACCAAAGGGGGCAACGUUUGAUCUCAGCACACGAGUGGUGGAGUUUGCAGCAGUGGGAGUGGGUGGCAGGAACCAGAGGACCUUCAUGAUCAUGAACCCAACCAGUUCCAUGUACUCCUUCCAGUGGACUUGCCUGGACACUGAAGCCCCACCAGACCACAUGGCUUUCUUCUGCCUCACAGACAGGGGCCAACUCCAGCCAGGGGGAAAAGCAGAGAUGAAGUUUGACUUCAUCCCUCGGCACCUGGACAUCACAGAAUCCUUCUGGACCUUUGCAAUCCCUGAGCAGAACAUUGCUCUCCCUUUCCUCUUGGUGGGCACUGCCAGCGACCCCCUUGUCCAUCUGGACAGGUCCCACCUCAACUUCCAGAUGCUUUUAAUUGGGCAUGAGGUGCACCAGACUAUCUACUUAAUCAACAGUGAGAAGGAAGCCUUCAGCUUUGCUUUCAGAGAAAACUCUCUCUUCUCUGAGGGAUGCAACUCCUCCCUCAAAAUAGAGCCCAUGGAAGGCUUCAUUGCUCCUCUCUCAAGGUUUCCCCUGACAAUCAGCUUCACACCAACACUGGAAGGAGAGGUGGUCUUCAACCUCAAGUGCAAUGUCAAGAGGAAGACCCAGCCCCUCUCCUUGAACAUCAAGGCCACUGGCUACAGCAUGAACGUGUGUGUCAGGUGUGAGGACAGGGACAGUUGUGUCACCGAGCUCAGUGCCCAGCAGAUCAAUGUCAUUGAUUUCAAGGAGGUGCAGCAAAAUGAGAACGUCAAGCUCACCUUCAGCAUCUGCAACAAGGGCAAGGUCAGCUUCACCUUCCUGUGGGAGCUGAGUGCCCCCCCAGCCUCUAAGCAGACCCUGACUGUCACCCCUUGGACGGGGAUGGUGGAGGCAGAGGGGGAGGUGGAGACCCAGCUGACUUUUCACCCUGAGAAGAUGUGUUCUUUGAAAGGUGUGGAGCUGACACUGCAGAUCAGCAAGGGGCCCACCUUCACCUGCAUGUUCCUGGCCACCGUGGUAGUGCCCACUGUCCACUUCUCCACCACCAAACUCAACUUUGGAGCCUGCUUCAUCCACAGUGCUGGGAUGCCCCCUGCCCAGCAGACCCUUGUCAUCACCAACAAGUCAGACAAGGAUGUCAGUUUGAGCUGCUUGUUCAGCAACACCACGUACCUGGAGGUGGAUUUCACAGGCUAUGUCCUGGGCCCAGGAGGGGCAGUGGAGGUGCCCAUCACGUUCUGCCCAAGUGAGGUGGGAGCUUACAGGGAGCUGAUCCCUUUUGAAAUCAACAACCUGUGCAAGGAGACUGUUGAGGUCCGAGGAAGGGGCACGGAAAUGAAGGUUGAGGUUGUGGAGCCCCCAGGGAAGGUUGUGAAGCUGGGAGCCAUUUCCAUCGGUCAGACCGUGAGGAAAUUUGUCACCAUCGCCAACCACAGUGCUGCCCCUCUCACCUUCCACCUCAGCCUCAUGAGCACCAUGCCAGAGCUGCAGGAGGAUGGGGUUCUCAGCUUGAACCCCACCAGCAACCUGAGCCUGAAGCCCAAAGGGGACAGCUGCAGAGUGGAGGUGACCUUCUCCCCAAAGUGCCGCAUCCCCCCCUUCACUGAGGAGGUGGUGCUGCAGUACAAAGGGCUGGUGCACUCCCUCUUCAUGGUGAGGGGCUCCUGCCAGGGCAUCCAGCUCAGCUUGGACCAGGAACACCUCAGCUUUGGAGCAGUGGUGCAGCACAGCUACACCUGCCAGCGGGUCCUCCUGCAGAACACAGGAGACAUAGGAGUCAGAUUCAAAUGGGACAUUGAGAACUUCAAGCCGGAUUUCUCCAUCAGCCCCACAAAGGGUUACAUCUCCCCAGGGAUGGAUGUCCCCUUCCUUGUCACCUUCCACCCCUCCAAGCUGAGCCAGACCAUCCAGUACGAGGGGCUGCAGUGCUUCAUCCCGGGCUGCGAGCCGCUGCGCCUGACGCUGGCAGGGUGCUGCAUGGAGAGCCCUCUGAGCAAGGAGACUCUGAACUUCACGUGUGACGUGCGUGGGGAGCACAGCCAGAUCAUCCUCCUCUCCAACCCAAGCAAUGAGGACUGGACCCUGCAGCCUCUCAUCGAGGGGGAGCACUGGAAGGGCCCUGCAGUUUUCCACCUAGAGGCCAGUCAACAAAACAAACCCUACAAGAUCACUUACAAACCCCUCACCAUGAGCUUUGAGAAGAAGCACCAGGGAUCCAUCUUCUUCCCACUGCCAGAUGGGACAGGGCUGUACUACCUCCUGCAAGGCACUGCUGAAUCACCAAAGUGCUCAGGGACCAUAAUCCGGGAGGUGCCAUGCAGGACCUCCCACACGGAGCUCAUCCCUGUCUCCAACUGGCUGAACAGACCACAGAGGUUCCUCGUGAUAGUGGACAUCCUCAAACCAGAAAACCUGGACAGGAGCUCUGUGCUGCAGGGGCUGGAAUACAUGGAUGUGCCAGGCUCUGCCAAGAAGAACUACGAGCUCACCUUCCUCUCCUACAGGGAAGAACUCUACCAUGCAUCAGUGACCUUCCUCAAUGAGGUGACCAGGGAGUACUUGUUCUACAUGGUGACUUUCAAGGUCACAUCUUCAGGACCCAUCAGCACUGUUGAAAUGACCACUGCUGUUAGGCAGAGAGCCUCUUCCACUGUCAAGGUGGACAACCCUCUGCCUUUCCCUGUGACGUUUGCCAUCGAUUGCAAAGUGCCUGAUGUCAACGUUCCCUCUCACUUCACUGUUCCUGCCAAGUCAGAGGCUGAUCUUGUUUUUGAGUACCACCCCCUGAAGACGGGUGAGAGCACAGGGCGCCUGGUGCUACAGAGCAGUGACCUGGGCUCUUUAUACUAUGAGCUGCACCUGAAAGCCAGUGAGAGCAGGCCAGAGAAACCCCUCCACUUCUGCACCACCCUGGGCUCCAGUCAGACCAUCACCACCCAAAUAAUGAAUUAUGCCCGGCAGAAGACUGAUUACAUCCUCCAGAUCAACUCCACUGACUUCCAGACAGAAAAAACCCUCAGCGUGGCCCCCGCCAGCCUGGGGGGCUCUGAGGUGAGCCUGGAGGUGACCUAUGAGCCCUGCCAGCUGGGUGAAACCAGGGCCACGCUGCAGCUGUGCUCCCCACUCGGCGUGGAGUUCAGCAUCCCCCUCUUUGGCCUCGCCCUCCCGCCCAAGCCCCAGGGCCCCUUCUCCAUCAGGGCUGGCAGCACCACCACCAUCCCCUUCAAGAACAUCUUCCUGCAGCCCACAGCUUUCCAGUUCACGGUGGACCACCCGUCCUUCACCAUCAAAGCCCCCGAGACCAUGAAGCCCAAGAAAACCACCUCCAUCUCCAUCUCCUUUGAGGGCAGCGAGGCUCCUGUCACCAGCAAGAUGGUGGCCUCCUGCCCGGGGAGGGGGGGGGGAGUCUCCUGGGUCUACUACCUCAAGGGUCUGCCCUGGCAGAAGUGA